CUAUAGUGUCGUCGUUUAUUAUUCGAGAAAUGUUUCAAUAUUGGUAUCAUUCUAUAGCCACGGCUCUGCUCUACAUGAAUCUUUCUAUGCAACUGCAUGCUUCAGAUUCGAUUGUUCGAGAAACAAGUUCUAGACACGGUGAAGGGGAACCUGGCAUCGUCUUUUUCAGACUAGGCAAUUUUCAAAGCAAUAUUCCGCCACAAUUUAUCGUCGUAACUAUUGCUAAUGUGUCAUCAAUGGAUACAGAAUGAAG